CGCGUGACUUAAAACUAAAAAAUAAAUUGUUAUUUGAAAACUUUUAAAGAAACAAAAAAAAAAAAAGAAGGAAGACAAGUGAAAAAAAUACAUUUUGAUACAUACACACAUACACAGAUAUGUAUGUACUAUUUAAAAGUAAAUUUUAAAGAAAAUUGAAAGCAAAAAAAAACUUCCUUUAUGCAUUGUAUUACUGUUCCGCUGAUUUUGUGUGAAUUUUUUGGGGUUUUCGUUUAUUUUUUUUUUCGUAAUGCCCUACCCUACUAAAAGUUAAAGCGCGCGUAAUUGAUGUCGGUUAAGAAAAAAUGUUAAAGAAAAAAAAUGAAAAUGGGCACAACACUCGGCCGCGAUUUCUUUCUUUAAAGGCUUUUAGAGCCUUUGCGUUGGUUUUCACCGUCGCCGUUGUCGCUGCCACCACAAACGCCGUGGCCGUCGUCGUCGUCGCCCUCAACGUGUUUUAAAGAGUUUAUAGCGCGAGUGCAAAACCUAUUUUGCCUUCGUUUUUAAAAAAGAAAAUUAAAGAAAGUGUUAACGACAUAUUUAAAAAUUAGAAAAAAAAAGAAAUAAGUGAAAGAAAGGAAAUUAAAGAAAAUUAAGAAAAAUAUAUAUUUAAUAUUUACAACGUUGAAAAAAAAAAUAUAUGAAAAAAAUUUAAAAAUCAGUUCCCAUACAUAGAAAGCCUUAAGAGCUCUUUUUUGGUGAAAAUAAAGUGUUUGUUUGGGAGAAAGUGAAAAUGAGGUGUUUUACUAAAGCAAACAUUUUCCAGAGAAAUUAACAACAUCGGUGACAUUUCUAGCAAGUCCUUACAACAAAAAAACCCACAUCCUUGAGGCCGAGACUUCAAACCCCAAGUAUCAUAUCAUAUCCUUUAAGGAUAUAUUUUCGGGGUUUGUUGAUGAUGCCACAAACGUAAACGUGAUUUCUUAACAACACCAAGAACAACAGAGGAGUACACAAAAAACGGGAAAAUAAAAAAACCUCUACAAAGUUUUUGCUUGUUGGUAAAAAGAUGCUGGCUAAGAAGCAAAAGAAACCCAACACGUCCCCCGCACGUCCUUUAACUAGAGAAGAAAUAUGUUUUUGAAGUGUAAUGAACUUGUUAGCUUGGCACCAACUCUCCCCCACCAAACCCAAACCCAAAGCCACCUUAACCAAAUCAACCAGCCUACCAGCCCCCAGCACCCCGCCCACUGCAAACAGCGUUAAAUGACUUUAACGUACGUGCACACUUGAAAAUUUCUUAUGCAAAAAAUUACCCAAGGCUCAAAGAGCUACAAGAGUGUGUGUGUGUGAGAGAGAAUCAGAGGGAGAGCAUAAGGUUAAAGAUUAAAGAAGCAAGUGAUGUAUGUGAUGAAAUUUUCAAAACAAUGGCUAAAACAAACGUGCAAGCCUAAAAAGUAAAAAAAGGAAAAGUCUAGGCCUCCUUCACCAAAAAAAAAAACGUAACAAAAGGAAAGUUAACAGCAACAGCCUUUAAGGAAAUAAAAUGCUGCAUGAUCUCACCAGUAGACAAUGGGAAAAGUGCCAAGAAGCUGUUGCUAACAAAAUGUUUAAAGGGCGUAACAAAUUAAAGCAUUAGUAACAGCAAAAAAAUUGCCCCCUCUCCAGCAACAUGAAAACAAGCCUUUCCCCCUAAUACUAGAAAAAAAAGAAUUAAAAUUCUAAGGGCAUAAAAGAAAGCCCUCAAGGAUUCCUUCAGCAAUAGAAAAGCAGAAAAAAAAUAUUCUACAGAUCGAAAACAAUUAUUAUGUCUGUUGAAUAUUGCCCAAGGACAACGGCAUGUGAAGCAAGUAGUACCGAGGGCGUAAAUAUAAAUAAAAUUGAUUAUACCAACAACAACAACAACAACCAACACCACCACAAAACAAAUCAAGAUCUUGUGGUGGGCCUUAACACAACCAGCGAAAACAAUCAAUCCGCCAUUCAAAUCCAAGAAAUCAAAAUAAGCGGAAAUCAAAGACGAAGCCAAGGGCAGAGAACAAACCACGAGGAUUCUCAAGCAAGCAGAGAUUGUGAUAUAUGACGUAAAAUUUAUCAACAAAAAAAGGAGACCGAGAAUCAAGAACCACCAGAAGAGGAGCAUCAUCAACACCAUCAUCAUCACCACCACCACCAGCAUAACCAUCAACAGCAGUCGCAUCAAAAUUCUUUAACAGCUCAUGGUAUAAAUAAGGAAGCCUAUACAACAACAACUAAAACAACAAACAAGGUGUUUUGCACACGUCAUGUUGCAACAUGCACUGGUCAUUACACUAGACAUACUCACCAAAGCCAACAACAUCAACAACAACAACUGCCAUAUCAACAACAAUUACAACAACACAUACACCAUACACCACCCCAUCAUAGGCAAGUGCAUUUUCAACACCAGUCAACCAAGACUUCGUCUACGCCCUGUUGCCAACAACGACGACCUUUGCUGCAUCAUCAACCCCAUCCGCUGGACAGCGAGGAUUCGUCCAGCUCGGGGGAACCACUCUAUGUCAAUAUGGUCUUAAGCACUGAAUGGUCUCAAGUGGAGGUUAUCGAUCUGUACAACGAUGGCAAUGGUCUGGGCUUCAUCUUAGUGGGUGGACGCAGCACCGGUGUGGUCAUAAAGGCUUUAACGCCCGGCGGUGUGGCCGAACGUGAUGGCCGCCUGCAAUGCGGCGAUCAUGUCUUGCAGAUAGGCGAUGUGAAUUUACGUGGUUUCAGCUCGGAACAGGUGGCGACAGUUCUUCGUCAGACUGGAGCUCAGGUUCGUUUGAUUGUCGCAAGACCGGUGGAGUCUACGGCCACCGAUUUUCAACAUUUAGCUAGUCAUGCCCCAAUUAUUCCAACUAAGCUCCUCUCCGACCCAGAAGAAUUGUCCCGUCAACUAUUUCACAAUCCCACAUUGCCCACCAGUUCGGAGGCGGCGGCCACUGCAGCUUUGGCUGCGGCCGCCCUGGUGGCCAGUGCAAAUGCCAGUGGUGGUGUAACGGCCACCGUUAGCGGCAAUUGUGCUCUAAUGCUGGAGGGUGUUUGUGGUGCGGGGGAUUCGCAAGCAGUGGCGGCCGCUGCAGCCUAUUAUCCCGGUACGCCCGAUACCGAAUUGGCAGAUCUACCGCUGCCGCCCAUACCCAAGGAGUUGACCAAUUCUUCGGCGGCUGCAGCGCGUAUGUGUCCCAAGGAUUUGGAUAUCAUACCCUUUUCGAUAGUUUCACCCCCUCCCCUAGCUACAGCGCCUCAAAUUCCUCCAACAACGGGCACACCCAAGGCGGCAACAAAUGCUUCACCCUCACAACUGGCAGCGCUGCCGCCACAACCACCGUCAUCCCUACAUAUGGACCAUAUAGAGACUGUGAUAGCUGGUAUUAGCACAACUGGCACCUCCCCCCUAACAAAUGAGCAUGAACGCGAUGAUUGUUGUUCCAUAACUUCCUCCAAUUAUAUGGAUUCACCGGAAACGGAAACCUAUGAGGUGAAACUUUGUAAAAAUGUCUAUGGCCUGGGCAUAACAGUGGCCGGUUAUGUCUGCGAGGAAGAGGAUUUGUCGGGCAUAUUCGUCAAAAGCAUCAUUGAAGGCAGUGCCGCCGAGAUGAGUGGCCAGAUACAGAUAAACGAUCGCAUAGUGGCUGUAGAUGGCAAAACGCUGGCGGGCAGCACCAACCAUCAGGCCGUGGAGAUAUUGCGCAAUACCGAUAUAGAGGUCCAUUUGACGCUGGAACGUUUCCUUAGGGGUCGCAAAUAUGAACAUCUACAGGUUGCCUUAACGGAGCUGAAAACUGCCAUGGAUACUCAAUCGCAAUAUUCGCUGCCACCCUCACCCUCAAUAGCCACCUUGUCUUGGCUGCCUCCCAAAUCGGAUGUGGACUCUAUAGCCACGGAGGGAGGUUUUGUGGGGUCGGGGGUGGUGGAUUAUGGUGAAUUCCCCUCGCGAGAAACCGUGGACUCGCAAAUGUCUCAUAUGUUGGAUAAAAGCGAAUACAGUGCGGGAGCGGCAACGGCCACUGCCGACAAUCUAAGUCGUCGAACCUCAAAGACCACACCUACCACACCAGAACAGCUUAAGACCCCAGCUGCCUCUACACCCUUGGCCAAUGGCAAAGCUUGUCCGCUGAUAUCACCCGACCAAACAAGCAAGGCCCUGAAUGGCUCUUUGGGUGGCUCGAGAACGCCCACUUUGGAGAAUGUAGCCGAACUAACAACCACAACGAUAAAAGACAAAAAAUCCUCCGACCUAUGCCAGCUGCCCUCGCCCGAGAUACCCAAGAGAAAAUCAUCAUCGCCAUCGUUAUUGCAACAUCAAGCGACACAACCGCUGACCCAUGAACAUUCCAGUCCCAGUGCGGAUUCGCUGAAAGUCUCCUGGAAAAGUGAGUUUCCCGACUGUGAAAUUAUAGUUGCCGAAAUAAAUAAACUUUCAGGUCUAGGAAUUAGCCUUGAGGGCACCGUCGAUGUCGAGUGUGGCAUUGAGAAGCGUCCCCAUCAUUAUAUACGCUCGAUACUGGAAGAUGGCCCGGUCGGCCGACAGGGCAUACUAAAGCCGGGCGACGAAUUGCUGCAGGUGAACGAGUAUCGUUUGCAGGGCCUCAAACAUACCGAAGUGGUAAAAAUCCUCAAAGAACUGCCUUCACAUGUCAAAUUGGUGUGUGUGCGCGGUCCAACCGCACCCUCUAUCAUAAAUACUUCACAAAAUCCGGAGGCCUUCGAGACGCGCAGCCUACUGCCCGGCGGCCAUCAGAGCCUGCAGAAUCUAAUGAGCAAAGCUCAAUCGGAGAGUUCUUUGUAUACCUCUAGCACUGCCACUCUAACGGAUCAGCAACGUUCAAAAUCAUUAGAAAACGUAUCGGGCCUAGCGCUAUGGAGCUCUGAUGUGACCAUAGUUGAAAUUGAGAAAACCGAACAGGGUUUCGGCUUCUCCAUAUUGGACUAUCAAGAUCCCUUAGAUCCAGAUGGCAGUGUUAUAGUCAUACGAGGUCUUAUCAGAGGUGGCUCUGCCGAAACCACCAAUGAUAUCUUCCCUGGCGAUCGUCUGGUCAGCGUGGGCGAACACAGUCUACAGGGUCUGGAUCUGGACGAAGCGGUGGCCAUACUCAAGGGCAUGCCCCUGGGCCUAACCAAAUUGGGCAUAUGCCGACCGCUUUCCACGUCGGACAGCAAUAUAGCAUCACCCAUAGGAGAAGGCGAUUCACCGAGCACAUAGCUUUCAUUGGAAAUAUGCUAUUUUCACCAAGGAUUUUCGUUUACUGAAAAUUAUUCGGAGUAUUUUUGUUCACAAGAAAAUGGCGAACUUUUUUCAUUAGAAAAAAAUUUUACAAAUUUUUUUACCACACGGAAUAUCAUCACCACCAUGUCACAAAUGUAGGGAGGGACACAUAUGAGAGGGAUGAAGAGCAAGCCCAUCCAGGCAGCCAGCCAGCCUGCCAACAACUAUGGAGGAUUAAAGUCAAAUACAAUCAACAACCAAGGAAUACGUAAUGACACAGACACCGAACGCACGACAGACACACAGAGAGACGAACAGCCAUGGCAUGCAAGUGGGAUACCGGCAUUGAUUCAUUCAUGCAAACAUAAUUCUGCAUAUGCUCUCUCGACAGACAGAGUCGUCGUCAUCGUCGUUUAUAUUAAAAACCAAAAUCUAGCUAAAUAUACUAAAUAAAUGAACACCUUAUAGUCAAAUAUAUAUAUAUACAACAAAAACAUCAUCAUCAACAACAACAACAACAACAACAAGAGUAACAACCAAAUGAAAAAUAUAAAUGAAUAAACACUUGCUAGAGACCUAUGCACAAACUCUCAGCAUAUAUACAUCUCAUUGUGGUGAGUAUGUAUGUAUGUAUGUGUGUAGGUGUUUAGGUGUACUCAACGUACUGACUGUACUAUAUAAAUAUGUAUGAAUAAAUAUGUAUAAAAUAAA